AUGGGUAUCUGGAGCAGUGUGUUCUCCCUGAACCUCUCCUCUCUGUGGAAGGCAAUGACUGGAAGUGCCCCCGAGUGGACACCAGAUCACACCAACGUGGCCAACAUCGAGAAGGACCUGGACCCUUCGACCCUGGACACUCUGCUCCUCAGUCCAGAGUCCGGACUCGGAUCCUCGUUCAGCGGAUUCUUCAAAAACCGACCAAUCAUCAACGAGACGUUCAACUUCACCAGAGGACUGUCCCUGCACCAGCACUACAGCAGGAGCAGCUACUUCCUGUCCUGGAGAGAUUCUCACCCUGAUGCCUUCCCGAACCAGAUGACCCCCUCGGACAACACUCUACACCUCAUCGACUCUGGACACCACAUUAACCUGGGCUGUCCCCCCAUCCUCAGACCAGAACGACACACCGACCUCAUCAUAGUCCUCAGCUACUCCUGGGACCCCAGCAACGUGUUCAAGGUCUUGGAGAAGACUCAGGAGUACUGUAAGGACCGGAACAUCCCGUUCCCGUGUCCAGACUACGAGGAGCUCAGGAAGCAGCCACUCAGAGAAGUCUACGUGUUUGAAGACCAGGAGAAACCCACAGCCCCCAUGGUCCUGUUCCUGCCACUGGUCAAUAUGUCCUACCAGGAGUUUAAGAGACCAGGAAUUGUGCGCUCGCAGGAGGAGCUAGCCGCGGGCCGUGUGGACGUUAGCUCGCCCAAUUCGCCGUAUAAGACCAAAAACAUGACCUACUCUGAGGAGGACUACGACGCUCUCAUCGACCUCACCACCUACAACGUCCUGCACAGCAAAGACACCAUUCUGUCUGCUCUCUCCACUGUUAUGACGCGCAAACAGGGCUCUCCCUAA